UUCAGAUAAUUCUAUGCUUGUGCUCAAAUGAACUUUUGCUAGCGCCACGUGCUGUUUCUCGUACAACAUUCCACUGCUACGUUACUUGGAAUCAGAGGUUAUUUACGAUCUGAAAGUGAUUUGAUGGAAUCGGAGGAUGUGCGGAGUCAUCUCUACGAGCCUACGUCUUCUGAGACCGAGGAAAACGUGUCCAAAGCAUACCUUAUCAAAGACCACAAGGCGAAUGCUGCACAAACUUUGCCAAUAAAACGAGACCACUGUAGAAGGUCAGAAUGGUGGCUAGCCGCUGCUAUCUUCUCGAUACUAUUGGUUGUAAUACUUUUUUUGCGACACAAAGAUUGUGUUUGCGGGUGUGGUCGAAAAUUGGAGGGACACAAGCCAAUGAAAAGCCUUGGUGGCGAGUUGCAUUGCGACGCGGAAGUCAUGAAGCCGUCCUUGAAGAUCCCGGAAAACGUUAACAAAGUCCGUCCUGCAGAUCGCAAAGUUAUUGCUGCUAUGGGGAAUUCAAUAACGGUGGCCGCACGUUCGAAAAAUUUCGAGGAAGAACAUGAUUGGUCUCUUUAUCCAGGCAACUCCUACAUUAGCGGAGGGGAUGGUUCUUUGCAAGAACAAAUCACUAUAGGAAAGGUUCUAAGAGAAUUCAACCACGAAAUUCUGGGACUGUCAUAUGGCAUCGACUAUAAAAACACUGGAUUCAAUGUCGCUGUUAGCGGAAUGACUAGUGAAGACAUACCGAGGCAAGCAAGCGAUCUCAUCACCAGAUUGAAGCAAAAAGGGAUCAGCUUAACGGAGGACUGGAAGCUUGUAUCAAUAUUUUUUGGAACGAAUGAUCUGGGGAAGCUCAGGUGCACAAUAGAUAAAGAACCUGUCAGCCGUGAAGAUUACAAAGCUAAUCUUGUGAAGGCAAUCUCAUUGUUGAGAGAAAAUCUCAAUCGUACCAUCAUUUCUAUAAUUCCUAUGUGGAACUCUCAACUGACAAUUGACGCGCGGUCUUUGAUCCUUGAAGGGAAACGACUGCAAUGCGGUGAUCAUUACAUGGAAAAGCGGGACAUUCUUUGUGGCGAAUAUAGGAAGGUGGCUUAUGAGAUUCAAAACGAGAGAAUGUUCGACGAUGAAGAUUUUACUGUGGUCGUGCAAGGUUUCAUGGACGAAAUUGUAGACGCGUUUAGAAAUAAAGAUGGCGUUUACGAUAAGUCGUUCUAUGCUACGGACAUGUUUCACUUGAGCAAAUACGGAAAUGCAGUCGUCGGGAAGUUUUUAUGGAAUGCAAUGCUCACACCUGUUGGGAACAAAACUACAAGAAUAAAUCUAGGAGACGAUUCGGUACCGCUGAGAUGUCCAACAAAGGAACGGCCAUACAUACAAACUUUGAACAAUAGCUGAUCGUAAGGCUACCUCAACAUUAUUACGAGAAUUGCUGUUUGCUGGAUGUACACCUUGUGCGAUGGAGAAGACUACCGGUAUUGCGCAUUUUAUCAACAGGCGAACUGAUUUGUUGACUACAUCAUCUUGGUUUAUCAGCAUUUAUCCAUGUGUAAUAUCAAUAAAAUAUCGACAU